GGGCGUGUAUCGGCCGCCUCUCGCUAACUUGCUGCAGUAAACAAGCCCCGAGGAGCCAGACGAGCCGCAGUGGCGCCUAAUGUACACAUGUUUUGUGCAUUGUGAAUUAAAGUUAGCAUAUUGCUGUCCUGUUUGUGGUUAACGCAAAGUGCUAAAAGCGCACAAAGCCAUCGGGCGGGAUUUGUUGUGUGUAGCCGGCUAGCGUGCUAACAUUAGCAGAGAGGAGCACUCCGGCUGGCUCGUUACAAACCUGGACGCGAUGUCGCUGGUGGACCUCGGGAAGCGUCUGCUGGAGGCGGCUCGUAAAGGUCAAGACGAUGAGGUCAGGAACCUGAUGGCCAACGGAGCUCCGUUCACCACAGACUGGCUGGGGACGUCCCCCCUCCACCUGGCCGCUCAGCACGGUCAUUACUCCACCGCCGACGUCCUGCUGAGAGCCGGCGUCAGCAGAGACGCCCGCACCAAAGUGGACAGGACCCCCCUGCACAUGGCCGCCGCCGAGGGACACACGGUCAUCGUCGAGCUGCUGGUCCGGAGCGGCGCCGACAUCAACGCCAAAGACAUGCUGAAGAUGACGGCUCUUCACUGGGCGGCGCAGCACGGCCAUCACGGCGUGGCCGAGACGCUCAUCAAACACGGGGCCGACGUGCACGCGCUCAGUAAGUUUGACAAGACGCCGUUCGACAUCGCCGUGGACAUCCAGAACACGGAGCUGAUGCUGCUGCUGCAGGAGGGCAUGCAGAACCAGGUGAAUAUGAACCAGGUGAACAUGAACCAGGUGAGUAUGAACGUGGAAACCAGCACCACCACCAACCAGCCGCAGUUCAUCAUCCAGGGCAUACCUGCCAUCCAGGGAGGCGUGGUCAACCUGGCCGAGCUGCUCAACAAGGCGAGCGCAGGUGACUCAGAAGAAGCGAUGGCCGCCAGCGCUCUGGACUCCAACAUCCAGCACGCCGCUGUCGUCAACGAGGGGGGUCAGAGGGUCAUCACCAUAGUAACGGAUCAGCACGGCAACCUGCAGACCACAGGAGGAAUGGCGCCGCCGUUCUUCGUCACCAUGCAGCACGGACAGCAGAUGUUGGCGGUGCCGGCUAACACCGUCACAGAGGAGGUGGUGACGGAGGAGCCUCAGCCUCCACCCUCCAGGAAGAGGAAGCUGGAGGUGACCAACAAUCAUAACGACACGGGAGAGACGGAGUUGUUGCAGAGGCAGCUGCAGGAGGCCAACAGGAAGGCGCAGGAGUACCGGCAGCAGCUGCUUCGUAAGGAGCAGGAGGCGGAGGAGUAUCGCAUCAAACUGGAGGCCAUGUCCCAAAGUCAGGCCAACAGCACCAACGCCAACGCCGCCGGCGCCAACGCUGCCGCCAGCGCCGCCAGCCCAGAGGAGGUGGUGGGGGGGGAGGAGGACGAGGAGGAGGCAGCCGCCGGCAUGGUGGAGGAGGAGGGAGAGAUGGUGGUGCUGCAGGAAGGAGGGAUCAUCAUGGAGGGGGAGGAGGGUCAGGUGACGCUGGUGGAGACUGGGGGAGAGACGACGGAGGUUAGCUCCUAA